AUGAAGACGGCCACUCUCGCGACGCUGGGUCUCUGGACCGCUGCCGCUGUCGCACUACCCGGCGCCCUCGUUCAGCGCAACGAGUGCCCUUCGCCGAGUGCCGUGACUGUGACACAAGUACAGCCUCAAACUGUCACAGAGAAGCUCGUUGAGACAAGCACGGUGACGUUUGUCAGCACGUCGACCAUUCGGCUCCUUCCAGCAACGCAGACGCUGACAUUGCCCGCUCUGCCCAUCACCGUUACGCUACCAGCCCAAAGCCAAAGCAAUGGCCAACAAGCGUCUACGACUCUGACACUCCCGGGUGAGGGACGCACUAUCACAGUUCCCGCACAACAGUUUCCGGCGCAAACGGUUACAGUGGGCGGAGAGGCGACAGUGACAAUCGGUGGUGCGGUCACGACUAUCAGCCUCCCGGGCGUUGCGGCAGUAACCACUGUAACGGUACCCGGAGGUGCUGCUGCGGCGACUGUCACUCUCCCGGCACAGGUCCGAACUGUGACUGUGCCUGCGGAGGUUAAGACGGUUACUUUGCCUGCAGAGACGAAGACUGUUACUUUUUCUCGGGAACAGUCGAGCCCUGCUGCUGUGGGUUCGGUGUCUUUGACCACCGUCACUUUACCUUUCACUACGGAGACACUUACGGCUGAGCUUUCAACUGUCACUGCAGCCCAAGCAUCGACCUCUACGGGCUCGGGAGCGCUGGGCUCACUGACUACUGUCACUGACUCUCCUUCUGUUUCCGUUGUCACUAUCUCUGGUUCUCCUUCCAUUAUUACAGUGCCUGGAUCUACGGUCUUGACUACUGUUACUCUGCCUUCCACAACGCUUACCAGCACUGUCGAAGUUCCUGCUUCUACGAUCACUGUCUCUGGUACUGAGCUUACGACGGUUACCUUGGCGUCGUCUUCUACACCUUCGGGCUCUACCCUCACUGGCACAUCUACUGCCUCUGAGUCUGCUGCUACAACUGAGAGCACCACGACUGGAACGUCUACCUCCACGGAAACUCCCACUGCAGAGACCUCGGCUAGUACCGAGACAUCUACUUCUACUAGAACCACCAGCUCGACUCAGGCUUCUGCUACGGAGACUUCCACUUCUGAAAUUUCUACUGCCAUAGGCUCUUCUACCAUCACUACCUCAACCGAAUCUUCUACAGCAACUUCUACUAUUGCCGAUGCGUCCACUACAGAGGUUUCUACUACUGAAGCAUCUACUUCCGAGGCUUCCACUACGCCGGCAAUCACUUCGACCGAAACAUCGGAUGCUCAAACACCUACCACCACAGAAGCUUCUAUUGUUGAAACCUCUGCUGCAGAGACAACUGCUACCGACGCCUCUACUGCUGAAGCCUCUGCAACGGAAACGCCUACUGCGACUGAGAGAGCAACCAUUGCGUCAUCUACAGACGCACCAACUUCCGUGGCCGAAACAUCCACCGCUGCAACCACUACAGCCACCAGCACCGCUCUCCCCGAGCCAACCGACGUCCUGAUUCAGAACCCCGGCUUCGAAGGCUCAAUGUCUCCAUGGACAAUCAAAGGCUACCCAACCAGCUCCGGCGUCUCCGACGCAGCGCACGCGCACAGCGGAGGCAGCGCGCUGCAAAUCGAGUGGCGCACGGGCGGGGGCGUCAGUUCCGUCGGCGCGCAGCAGUCCGUCACCAUCACGCCGGGGAAGGCGUACGCGCUGAGUUUCUGGCUGCAGCGCAUCGUGACCAGCAACACGGUCGACAAAUGCGGCGUGCUUGUCUUCCUGACGGGGAGCGGCAGGGCCGUAUUGCAGACGCCGUUCCCUGCCGGCAACGACUGGAACAUGCUGCAGACGUCGUUUACUGCGACUGUGGCUGCUGAGACCAUUUUGAUCCAGGUGAACUGCGGUGAUUCGGGCCCGCCGUUCAACUCGCCGAAUUUUUGGUAUCUCGAUGAUGUUGUGGUUGAGCCUACCGCUGGAGUGGUUACUGUUGUUGAGGAGGAUGAGUACUGA